AUGGAGGUCCUGGCGGUCAUGGCGGCGGCUCAGGUGGAGGAGGCCGUGGUGGUGGAGGUCGUGGAGGAGGUGGAGGUCGUGGAGGAGGUGGAGGUCGUGGAGGAGGUGGAGGUCGUGGAGGAGGCGGAGGUCGGGGAGGAGGCGGAGGUCGGGGAGGCCGUGGAGGCCAUGGAGGAGGGGGUCUGCCACGAGAACGAUGCUGGUUAUUGA